AUGUUAGAAGUUAUACGGAACAGUUAUAUUUUGACAUAUUUUGGUGUUUUCUCCACCCUUAUCUUCGUUUGUUUGUUAUUAUUGCGGUUAUUUAAUUUACUCAGGAUACAUCUUCCUAAUUGUACUUGGAAUUUAAGAAGCUGUACACAGUGGGCCAUAAUCACGGCAGGAAGUUCGGUGAUAGGAAAAGGUUACGCUCACCAACCGGCUAAUUUCGGAUUAGAUAUUGUGAUUAUCAGCAAAGAAUUAGAAGAUCUGAAGGAUACAGUCGAAGAAAUCAAGAGCAAAUAUGGCGUACGUUGCUGCUACACGCACGUUGAUUUUACCGAAGAAAACGUAUUCGAAUUUCUAAAUAACAGCUUGUAUGGUGUAGAAAUCGAUAUUUUGGUGAAUUGUGCCGAUAUCGAAGGCGAAAUUCCUAGCCAGUUCCUACAGGAAUCCGAUGAAAGUGUAUACAGGAGCAUAGAUUUGCGAGUGAGAGCUGUAACACACAUGACGCGCUUGACUGUGCCUUUUAUGCUGGCUAGACAAAAAGGUAUCAUUAUCAAUAUUGCAUCCAUAUUUUCGGCUCAUCCGUGCCCUUUUUUGAACGUAUAUUCAUCGUGUAAUGCGUUUUCUGAUCGCUUAUUUCGAUCCCUUUCUUACGAGUAUAAAUCCCAGAAUGUAAACUUCCAGUCAGUUAUUCCUUUGAACGUCUGCAAUAAGAUGGAGGAAAAAAUUGUUCAAGAUCUUCCAGUUUUGAAAUUCUUUAUUCUCGAUAGAGAUCGGCUUGUAAAAAAUGUUCUUUCGACUAUCGGCCUUACUGAUUAUACCACAGGAUAUUGGCUGAGUGAUGUCUUGUGGCAUUUUUAUUUAAUUAUUUUGUUCAAAUGGUACUUAUUCAAGUCCGAAAGCAAAUUACAGGACAAUAAAUACCGUUAAUUAACAGAUUCAAAUGAAGUAAUUGAUUAAAAUAGUUUUAUUUAAAUUAAAA